AUGACGGACAGCAUUUCAUAUACCUACGUUAUCGUCGGAGGAGGAAUUGCCGGCGUGACUUGUGCCGAAACGUUAAACCUUCUUCGUCCAACAGCAACCGAUCGAAUUCUGCUACUAACAGAGUCUACUCUCGUCAAAGCUGUCACCAAUGUGGUCCCACUGGGUAAAAUUCUAAACCGCUUCGAUGUGCAGGAAAAAAGCACAGGAGAACUUGCGUCAGCAAAUAAUAUCGAUGUGUUGCUCGAUCAACUUGAUUCAAUCGUAAGCGAAAAGCGUUUUAUAAAAACGACCGCUGGAAAAUGCAUCCAUUAUCGGUAUCUGUGUCUGUGCACCGGUGCCAGGCCAAACAUUAUCGAUAAGGCUAAGGGAAAUACGAACGUGAUCGGUAUACGCGACACGGAAUCGGUGGAAGAGUUUCGCAAGCGCAUCCACACGGCCACUCGACUAGUGGUCGUGGGAAACGGUGGCAUUGCAUCGGAACUGGUGUAUGAGGUGGAUGGAAUGGAGGAAAUUCAUUGGGUGAUAAAGGAUCCGUACAUAAGCUCCACGUUUGUUGAUUCCGGUGCGGCUACGUUCUUUAGAGAAAGAUUAAACGUAAAGGCAACAGCGGAAAAGGAAAAGACCAUUUACAAGCGGAUGCGUUACACGGAACAGCACGAAACUGGGGAUCAUUCUACAGCUGGUGGCAGUAAGCGAGGAGCUGCAUUAGGACCGGACUGGCAUCGUGCCUUUGACAUCCAAAAGCAUGGCGAGACAGCUUCCCCCAAUGGCAACAAAGUAACCGUUCAUCAAUCGGUGGAAGUUACGGAAAUUAAAGAAGUUACUUCCGGACUACAAGUUGUCCUUACCGAUGGUACAACCAUUGAGUGUGAUUUCGUAGUGUCCGCUACCGGUGUAGUACCGGCCAUAAGCUGGACUGGUGGGUGUGAUCAAUCGUUUAAAUUGGGGCCGGACGGUGGCCUUUUCGUUAACUGGUCGAUGGAAACAUCCGUAAACGAUAUAUACGCGGCCGGGGAUGUUUGCUACGCCGGAUGGGAACUUGCCCCCCAUUGGUUCCAGAUGCGUCUAUGGACACAGGCUCGCCAAAUGGGUGCAAUGGCCGCUCGUAGCAUGGCCGCCAAGCGUGCAGGUGAAGAGAUUUAUCAGGAUUUUUGCUUCGAAAUGUUCAACCACGUUACAACCCUGUUCGGUUACCAGGUGGUGCUUUUGGGGCGCUAUAAUGGACAAGGUUUGAACGACAAGUAUGAGGUGUUGCUACGUAUGACGCCCGGAUUAGAGUACAUUAAAUUUGUGCUGGUUGACGGCCGUUUGCAGGGAGCACUGUUAGUCGGUGAGACGGGACUGGAAGAAACGUGCGAGAAUUUAAUCCUGAAUCAGCUUGAUCUAUCACCGUACGGAGAAGACUUGCUAAAUCCUGACAUCGAUAUUGAGGAUUAUUUCGACUGAGAGGAGGGUAGUGACGAUCGGGCAAUCGGGAAUGUGUUGUAUAAAAGAAUAAACCCAGAAUAACAAGAACUAUCUAUGGCACAGGUCUGUACAUAUAAAAAGGGAAAUAAAUUGAUUGGAAAGUACAACGCUGUUGAACCUGA